ACCGCGCUCCAAGCAGCAGCUUCCAGCGGCAACCUCGAGCUAGUUCAGGUCCUUCUCAAUGCUGGUGCAGAUGUCAACGCACCGCCAGCGGAUAAUGAUGGACGGACCGCGCUCCAAGCAGCAGCUUACAGCGGCAACCUCGAGCUGGUUCAGGUCCUUCUUGAUGCUGGUGCAGAUGUCAACGCCUCAGCCGCUAAACAUGCUGGAGCAACAUCACUCCAAGCUGCUGCCCUCUCUGGUCGUGUUAGAGUGGCGACAACACUUCUCAAUGCUGGUGCAGAUGCAAAUGCUGGUGGAGCUUUAGAGAACGGAAGAACUGCAUUAGAAGGAGCUGCAGAGCACGGACGCAUAGACAUGGUGCAACUGCUGCUGAAUGCUGGUGUUGAUCUCUGGAGAGAUGGCAAGGUACAAUACGAGAGAACGCUUCAACUGGCCUCAAGGAAUGGACAUACCGUCGUGAAAAAGCUUGUCGAGGCGCACUAC